UACAGUGCUGGCGAGCCUGCGAGAGUGGUCGGGCAAGGAGGCAGGCGCGCGUCCGCACAUCAUCCCCUCGCUCCCGUGUCUUGUUCCCCCCGGCCCCCGGCCGCUUCCGGGUUUUGGCUCCUUCCUUCCCCCAAUCACUCGAGCUCCACGCUUGCUAGCUCCCAAGGCUUCCGGCGCUAGCUGAGCUAGCAUAAAGAGCGGUUCUUGUAAUGCCUCUGCUCAUGGGGAGGCUGAGGUGGCGGAGCGUGAGAUCCGCGCGGAGGCUCUUCGCCGUCGCCUGCGGCUUCGCUGCGGCGGCUGCUGCUCUCGUCGUCUCCCUCUGCUUCGUGUGCGGCGGCGGCGGCCGGGCGAGUGGCGGCGUGCUUGCUUCGGAUUUCGGGAGGAUGGCAGGCGCAGCAGCAGGAGCCCAUCCCGUUGAUCAGGAGCUGGCUUUCGCCGGGCGGCGGCUGCUGUCGGCGGGUCCGGGAUCGCACCCGCCGCGGUGCACGUCCAAGUGCGGCAGCUGCAGCCCCUGCUACCCGGUGCACGUGUCCGUGCCGCCGGGCGUGCUGGUAACCACAGAGUACUACCCGGAGGCGUGGCGAUGCAAGUGCCGGAACCAGCUCUACAUGCCGUGACUCCGUGUCACAGGCCGUUCGGCGCGUGCACCGAACCGCGCGCACAGGAGACGACGAUGAAGAGGACGGCUAUGGCUAAUGGCGUCUGCCCAGCGAGCGAGCACGACGCCGUUGCAUCAUCGUCGCACCGGCCGGCGUAUGCGCCUGCGUACGGGACGGCGCCGUGUGUCCGUGCGCUUGCACGGUGCACCCGCAUGGGCCAUGUGUCGUAUGACACUGGUUCGGGGGAGGGGGGACCGGCGGUGCGCGCGAGGCCGGGCGUGGUGGCCUACCGCGGUCAGGGGCGUCCUGCGCGUGUCUGAGAGCAGCGCUGCCGUGUAGCGUUCGCCACGGCCGGACGGCCCUACCACGAGGCACGCGAGGCAGUCAGGGCAGGGCGCGGUAGUAAAGAAAUCUGCGGCUGCUUCCCAAGGCGACUGUUCAUAUGAUUUUGUCUAUGCAUUUCCUGGCCAGUAAAAAAAAAAGUACUUUUCAUCUGUCCUCUGUAUUCUAUAAUGCUCUAAGGGCGUGAUUGGUUGUCGUAUGAGUCAGCUUGCAUGCAAUGGAUAUGCAAACUGAGGAAAAGCAGUUUGAACAGAAUUGUUAAAAAAAAUAGUGUUUGUUUGGUUGUAUCUGUUUAGGCAGACUGCUAAGUUGAGAUUUUGUUUGGUUGAUCGAAUCUGAGUU